ACAAAAGUGAGGCACAGCUACAUUGUGAUGGAAAUAGUUGGAAAGGGGAGGGGAAAUAGAGAGAGAGAGAAGAGAAACAAGCCUAUUAGAAAAGAGAGAGCGAGAGAUAGGAGGCAGCAGAGAGAGAGAAAGAGAGGUGGAGAGGGUGAAAUCAGAAACUCUACCAGAGCUCCAUCCAUCACAGCAUCCAUCCAGGCAGGAAAGUCCUACCCUCUCUUUAAACCAGGAUUAAAACCUCAAAGUCGCAGAUGGACAAGGCCAAGGCUCCCUCCAACAAGAUAGUGCUGACAUUUAAAGAAGACACGGCACUGACAGAGAUGAUGCGUCUUCGUGUGUCGUCUUUGCAGCGGUCAGGGCAGAAGCGUCAGGACGGUGAGCGUCUGCUUCUUCCCCAUGAGGCUGUGUAUCGACUGGACUUCCACAUCCAGGAGCUGAACUUCUCCCGCUGGUACUUCUCCCUCUCCGGCCACGGUCGCGUCACCAUCACCGGUAUAUCCCAGCACUGGACUCCUGACCUCACCAACCUGAUGACCCGUCAGCUACUGGAACCCAUCGGAACAUUUUGGCGCAACGCAGAGGACCCAGAGGAUUCGCCGCUCAAAUGCCUGGAGGCGGACAUGCAGGAGUUCGGCGAAAGGAUUGCUGAGCUGGCCAAGGUCAGAAAGGUCAUGUAUUUCCUGUUCGCUUUUAAAGAUGGGUCAGAGGCAGCAAAUCUCAGCUGCUCGGUGGAGUUCACGCCAGAGAAAUGACUUUUCCUUUUCUGCCAGUACAAACUUGUUAGAAUACUGGAAAAGCACUGCAAUAUUUUGUUCAAUCUUUGAUCUUUAAAAAACACCAGACUAGAGCAGAGAAACCUUUCAUCUCCAAUCAAUGAAAUACCUCAGAUUAAAUAUCCUCCCUCCAAAACCUUUUCUCAUUUCUAAACUCUAAAUUUUGUUUUUGUUUUUUUUUUUUUACAGUAACAAGACGACACAUUUUAGCUCAAAGAGCAAGGUUUUAACAUCACUCCAAAAGCCAAAAUCAGAGUCAAAGUCAAAAUGUUAUAAGCACUUAUCACAAAGACAGAAAGUAAAGAGAGUCUUUUUCACAAAUAAAAUUACACAAAUUUAGUAAAAAAAAGAGGUAAAACAAGUAUGAAUGCACUUUAUUUCAACUUAACCUGGAACUAAUUCUCUUGUAUGUUUGCCUGUUUCCUGGUGCUACAUAAAAGAUGAUAGUAUCAUCAACAUAAAUCAUCACUCUAAAAAAUAUUUUAAAUUUGUACAGUGACAUGAGCAUUCAUACAAUUUUUCUAUUGACAAUAUUAUUUAAUGGUGAUGGACACUUCAAAAUCAAUAACUGAAAUUUCUGAUUUUUAUAGCUCACAUUGAAAUCAUCUACCUUUGAAUUAAAAACUCAUGGGAUUCUUGUGAAAUACAAACUAACACUGAAAAGAUUCAUCUUGUAAAUAAAACAUGCCUUUACUGAUCAGCUGAAUACUGUGAUAACCUGUGUAAUGAGUGACUUGUGUUUUGAGUUGUUGCCAUCUUUGCUGUUGUUGCUUUUUGUCUUUAAAUACUUUCAUUGCUCACAGAAGUGACAGCUAGAUGCAAAACAAGUGGCAGUGAAUGGAAUAUCAAAUAUUCACACUGCAUGACUGUCGGCCUGACACAACAGAGAUCAAUGGAGUGACAUCUAUUAAAUAUCGACUGAAAACUG